AUGGCGGAAAUGCAAAAUUCAAAUCCUACCAUCCUCAAUGCUGCUGAUCUGCCCACGCGUCUACGACCUACCACUACUCGCAAGUCAGGGGACUACGGUCUCUUCACAUCGGCCCUGCCCCUCCCAGCAGACUUCGAGAGUGCGUCAUCUGACUCCGACGAUGACAACCUCCUAGAGGAACCAAUCGAUGAACAAGAAGUUUAUGAUCUCAUCUCCUCCAUCUCCGAUCCCGAACACCCCAUCUCACUGGGUGAACUAGCCGUGGUCUCCCUCCCAGAUAUCUCAAUCAAGCCAACUCUCCCGGAGGUUCUUGAUUCGCCUCUCCAAACGGUCACCGUGCUCAUCACCCCCACAAUCACACAUUGCAGCCUGGCCACCGUCAUUGGGUUGGGGGUUCGCGUUCGUCUAGAACAGUCCCUGCCUUCCCGAUUUCGAAUGGAUGUCCGUAUUAAGGAAGGUACCCACAGCACUGGAGAUGAAGUCAACAAGCAGUUGGCCGAUAAGGAGCGAGUUGCGGCUGCCUUGGAGAAUGGUGCCCUCAUGGGCGUGAUUGCGAAAAUGAUGGAGACCUGCCAAUAA